AUGCCCAAAAUGAAAAUUACAUUCACGCUGCUCUGCGUCCUGUUGAUUAGACACCAUGUGCAAGCAGUGAUCAACAAGCCGCAAGCAUCGAGUAACAGCGAGGAAAAGAAGGAGAACGAGGUUAAAGCUGACGAGAGGAUAAGUAAUUCGUACGGGCCACCAUCUGAUGAUUAUGGACCUCCUAUUGGCAGUGAUUUCAAUGGGCCAGCUCCGGUUUAUGGACCUGCGGAAUUAGUAGGUGAUCAUGGAGCGACACCUAUAUAUCCACCACCACCGCCAGACGUACCCCCACCAUUGUAUGGGCCACCAUUGUCCUCGUAUAGCCCACCACCACGAAAUAUUAAACCACAUUACGGUCCACCGAAACAAAGUCACGGAGCUCCUCUGCCUCCGUUGCCGUCGAAGCUGAGUUUUGGUUCGCUGAAACUACACUACCACGGACCACCGAAGCAACAUUACGGACCGCCGUACUCGUUCGGUGCGUUCCGACCACAGAAAUCACAGUACGGUCCACCGUUGAAAUUUAGUUCUGCUGUGUCGAAUCAGUACGUGGCUGUAGCACCUUCGGGUCACGGUUCAACGAAACUGGAACAUGGACUUUCUAUUCCCAUAUCUUUGGAUACGUACGGACCACCUCAGAAACUCGCUGUUCAGUUCAAUUCCCAGCCAAGCGAUAAUUACGGACCACCGCUACAGUCGCUAGCUAAUGUUCAGUUUGCUCCACCGACUGGUAACCUGUACGGACCAUCUCCACCGGGACCUCUACCAGGAGUGCCGGCACCACCUACUCCCCCAGAUAUAAAAUACGACGGUUGGCAGCCUAUUGCAGGGUUAGCCAGUCACCACGGACCACCUCCAGAUAACCACGGUGCAUCAUUAGAGAAUCAUGGUGCGUCUUUCACCGAACAAAAGAAUUUAGAGGGUUCGUCCGUGAGUCUACAUCUAACUCAAUCUACCUCGAACGCGGUUGCUGAAUAUUCGAAUGUACCAAGUGAUUCUUACGGGAUGCCGAUUCAUCACCCCGACGCCCAAGAUCUGAAGAGUUCUGUGAGUCAAGGCGAUUCCGGAUUACCACCGCCCCAGUUACCACAAUACGAGCCGUUCCAUAACGAACAACAGCAUUCGCCAAAAAAGGAAGAACAUGAAAACGUGGUGACGGGACAGGUGAAUUUGCAGUACGAAGUACAAAAUGUGGAACCACUUUCUAUUGUGAAAACUGUUGGAUUCGAAUUGCUGCCCACUACUUCACCGUUAACCUCAGAUCUCCAUGCAGGGUCAUUGCCAACCUUGAAGUUACCUAUCGUCGACAGUGGAGGUCAACUUAAUGUUCAAAGUGGAGGCUUCCGUGGUUUUCAAAAGUUUAGAAACGAUUUAUCCUUGUCACAAGUAAACACCCCGUCUGGUAACUAUGGGCUACCAUUCCAGGAUGCAUCUUUCGGAAAAUUGAACUCCGUCGAGUCUGGACUGCCUAUACCUCCUCCGCCUCUGCAUGACACGUACAGUGCGCCUCCUCGUUCUUCUUAUUCCCUUAAUGGUCCCUAUCCAGCUGCUGAGGCUGGUCGGGCAUCGUCAUCUUCGUUCGCUCCUUUCGGACUGCAAAGCAGUUCUCUUUAUAAGCAGAAUAUACAUCAUCAUCGUCCGCAUGGUUCGUACAGAUCUCCUCUGUCUCCCACUGGCUCUCUGAUACCACCCAGAAAUCGUGAACCGAUUAAGUUUAAAGAAUCCAUACCCAGUGGACUUUUCACAAACUUGAACCGUUAUUCACCACCACCGCGACAUCAUGGUAUCACUAAAUCGACAAAAUCCUACAUUUCACCGUUCUCGUUCGAACAGCAAUUACCUAGUCUCAGUGCCCCAAUCACUUUCAAUAAACUACCUGCUAUCGAUUUGGGCUCACCAAUAGCUGCACCAAACGCGCAAUACGGGACACCAUUAUCCUUCGGUGACUUCAACACUCCAGCACCGGUUUUGACUUACGGAGCACCAAAUUUUGGACCUGCUUCGUCUUUUGUUUCAACUUCUACUGGUUUUGGGAAAAAUCUGUACGACAGUAUUAGCAACACUAUAACAACCACAUAUGGUACUCCAAUAGUAAAUGCACCACAGUCUACAGGUGUUGGUCACGAUUGUAGUUUUCAGCAGACAAGUGGCACGCAGUAUAAUUUACCAGACACCAGAGUUCACGCAACAGACUUCGGAUCUCAAUUCGAAUCUGAAUUCGGUACUUCUUUAUCGACGAGCCAUUCUCAUUCCUCUGACCCAAACCAAAAUACGGUUCUCAAAAUAGAAUCAUUCCCGAGUCCAUUUGGUGUCGCGCACUCGGUGGGUCACCUGGACCUGGAGAAAGAUCAGAAGACAAGUAAUCUGAAAGACAGCUACGGCAAUUCAGUGGACGAUACAUACAAUGCUCUGGAUCAUGCAGAUAGUGCACUAUCCAGUGAUCACAGUCAAGCAGCUGAAGUUGCAAACGUACUUGUAGCGCCUUCCGUUAUUCAAUCUCACGAUGUAGCCUCUUCUACUUCGCACUUCCAUCAAGAUGGUGGAAUAAGGGCGGAUGCACUGACAGCAAGUUUAGCAAGGAAAGGAUAUGGCCAAUCGAAGAAUCUUGAUUCAAGCGGGGUGGAUGCUAGUCAAUUUUUCAAUACUCACGAGGGCAGUGAAGCCUUGUCUUUAGCGAAGGGACUAACGACUGCUAAUGGUGCUGACGGUUUCGAAAUUCAAGGGUCCAAAGGAACGUAUAUGUUGCAAAUUCAACCUGCGGAUGGCGGACUCGGUACCGAGAAUUCGGAUGGCAGCAUCAGACAUGACCACGUGCUGUCCAAUGGUCUUCUGCAGGACAUUCUCGCAGCUAUCGAGCAACCGGACCAAGGUCAAGUGCAGCUUCAAGGUUUUCCCGAGGCGCAACCUUUGCAACACGUGUACAGUGAUUUACCGCAGACCGUAAACGACGAUGUAUCGAAAGGCCAUUAUAUUACUGUGGAGGAUAGCAGGGAAAAAACGAAUGCCGAAGAUUUACAAUUGAUCGGCCAUGCCAGUGACAGGGACGAGCAACAAUUCAACGAAGCCGACUCUACGAAAAAGGACACUGUUGCACUUUUUUUCAAUAAUCAAUUCGGUGACUCACGCAAAGAGACGAGGUCAGUUGCGAAAAGUGAGACGGUUGGCACCGCUUCUUCAAAGGACAGCAAAAAUUACAGCGCAGAGAAGUCCUCUUAA